AUGAGUACGCACACAGCUACACAACAAGCCCGUGCCGAGCGCCGGUCCACGUAUCAUGAGGCCGACGUCGUCGUAGUCGGCGCAGGCGUCUUCGGGUGCGCCGCCGCCUACGCGCUCGCACAGCAGGGCCGGAGCGUCCUCCUCCUCGAGAGAUGGAUGAAGCAGCCAGACCGCAUUGUCGGCGAGUUGUUGCAGCCAGGAGGUGUUGAGGCCCUUAGGAAGCUCGGCCUGGGCCACUGCAUCGAGGGGAUCGACUCCAUCGUUUGCAACGGCUUCGACGUCAUCUACUUUGGCGACCAAGUGGUGAUACCGUAUCCCAAGAUUCAGGGCCUCAUGGGCGGCUUCGCGAACGGCACGGCAAACGGCACGGCGAACGGCGAGGCGAACGGGCAGGCAAACGGGCAGACAAAUGGACACGCCAACGGUACCGCGCACAGCAAAGAGAAAGACCCGAGGCCACAGGGGCGGAGUUUCCACCAUGGGCGCUUUGUACAAAAGCUACGAGAAACCUGCCUGGCGCAUCCCAACAUCACAGUUGUCGAGACGGAGGCCGUCUCGACGGUCAAGGGCGAGCACACCUCCGAGAUUCUGGGUGUCGAAACUCGGACAGUUGACCCUGCCACCGGUCAGAAGGUCCCCGACUAUUUCUUCGGGCAAUUGACUAUUGUCGCCGACGGCUAUGCUUCUAUUUUCCGCAAGAAGUAUAUUGACAGGACACCAAUCGUGCGCUCCAAGUUCUACGCCUUAGAACUGAUCGAUGCCGACCUCCCACAGCCAAACUUCGGCCACGUCGUCUUGGGCACCGCUUCUCCGGUUCUUCUCUACCAGAUCGGCACGCACGAAACCCGUGCGCUCAUUGAUGUGCCCCUGGAGUGCCCCGCAGCCUCAACAGCAGCGGGUGGCGUUCGCGGCUACAUCACCAACGUUGUCAUCCCCUCGUUACCGCCCCAGGUCCAGCCUGCCUUCCGCGCCGCGCUGGAGAGAGACAACAAGAUCCCGCGCAGCAUGCCCAACAGCUGGCUGCCCCCAUCGAAACAGUCCCACGCAGGUCUACUGGUGCUCGGCGACGCCAUGAACAUGCGACACCCGCUCACGGGUGGCGGCAUGACGGUGGCGCUCAACGAUGUGGUGAUUCUGUCCUCGCUGCUCGCGCCGUCCCAGAUCCCCAACCUGGGCGACAGCGCCGCCGUGCUGCGGGCCAUGGACACGUUCCACUGGCAGCGCAAGUCGCUGACGUCCAUUAUCAACGUCCUCGCGCAAGCCCUGUACUCGCUUUUCAGCGCCGCGGACCCGAACCUGGCCAAGCUGCAGCGCGGCUGCUUUGCCUACUUCCGCAAGGGCAUCACCGACGACCCCAUGGGCCUGAUGGGUGGUCUGAUCCACCGCCCCUUCGUCCUCGCCUACCACUUCUUCGCCGUGGCCUUCCUGGCCAUAUGGAUUGACGCCAAGGCCACGGGGCUCUGGAACAUCCCUGUUGUGCUGUGGAACUCGAUCAGCCUUCUCUGGACCGCAUGUGUUGUGUUCUUGCCAGUCAUGUACAAGGAGGUGUUCUAA